AUGGCUGAGCUAAUUGCGGUGCCGUUGAAGAAACCGUCUGAUGUUGAUGUAAUUAAACCCCUUACAAAUAUCAUUAAAUCAACUUAUAGUAAUGCAAGCGAUCAAAAAGAUUAUACUGAAGCAAUUUCAGACUUUAGUAAAUUAAGGAACAAUGCUUUGUGGCGAGCUUUCGAAAAGUAUGAAAGUUCUUUAGAGGUUAUAUACAGUUACUAUGAUCAAUUGUGUGCAUUAGAGGGUAAAAUACCUGCUCAUGAGUUACAAAUUCCAUUUAAAUGGAAGGAUGCAUUUGAUCGUACCAUAUUUGGUGGAAAACUCAGUCUAACAAUUAGCACACUAGCAUAUGAGAAAGUAUGUGUAUUGUUUAAUAUUGCUGCUUUGCAAAGUUCAGUUGCAGCAGCACAGUCUUUAGAGAGUGAUGAGGGAUUGAAAUUAACUGCAAAAUUGUUUCAACAAUCUUCAGGUAUCUUCAAUUAUCUUAAAACAAAUGUUAUGAUGGCAAUUCAACAAGAGCCAACACCAGAUAUUAGUCCAGAAACAUUAGGUGCAUUAUCUGCAUUAAUGCUUGCACAGGCCCAAGAAAUAUUUGUACAUAAAGCAAUUCAUGAUACUAUGAAAGAUGGAAUUAUUGCUAAACUAGCUGCUCAAGCAGAAGAAUUAUAUGCAGAUGCAUUAAAAUUAUUUCAAAAGGAAAUUUUCAGGGCAUUUUGGGAUAAAGAAUGGGUUCCUUUAAUUGCAGGAAAACAAGCUGGAUAUCGUGCAAUGACCGAAUUUUAUCAAUCAUUAGUAUGCAAGAAUAACAAAUUAAUCGGGGAAGAAAUUGCUAGAUUAGAGCAUUCUGUAGAACUCUUCAAAGCUGCACAACAACGUUCAAACAAACCUUAUUUAUUCCAAGAUUAUGCUAACAGAGCUCAAAGGAAUCUAAUAGAAGUAAAAAAAGAUAAUGAUUUCAUUUAUCAUGAAAGAAUACCAGAUAUAAAAUCUUUAGAACCAGUUGGAAAAGCUAGUGUUGCAAAACUAAUACCAAUGCCUGAAGUUUUUAGUUCAAGCUUUAAAGACCUUUUUGCUGAUUUAUUGCCUGUUAAUGUGCAUCAAGCGGUAUCAUCGUUUGAAGUUCGUCGCAAUGAAUUGGUUAAUUCAGAAAUAUCAAAAUUACGUGAAAUGACACAAAUUCUAAAUGGUGUAUUAGCAAGUUUAAAUUUACCAGCAGCUAUUGAAGAUACAAGUGGAACCAUCUUACCACAAUCUGUAUUAGAAAAAGCUCAAUAUGUAAAAGAUGCAGGUGGAAUUAAAGCAUUGGAACAUUCUAUGAAAGAGUUACCUGAUCUAUUGCAAAGAAAUAAAGAACUUUUAGAUGAGAGUGAGCGAAUGCUCCAAGAGGAGCGCGAGUCUGAUGAUCAAUUAAGAGAACAAUUUAAAGAUCGUUGGACACGAAUAUCUAGUAGUCGUUUAACAGAACAAUUUACUAUUACGUUACGAAAAUAUCGUGAAAUUAUUAAUAAUGCUGUAGCAGCUGAUAAGGUCGUACGUGAAAAAUAUGAAAAUCAUAAGGAAGGUAUGGAAAUUUUAAGUUUAAGUGAAAGUGAUUUGAUUAAUACUGUUCCAACUGGAUCAGCAGUCCAAGAAAGCAAUACUGUUUCUCAACUUAGAAAACUAAUGGAAGAUGUUGAAACAUUAAAAACAGAACGUGAUGUAAUAGAAAGUGAAUUAAAAUCUACUACUAUUGAUAUGAAAACGAAAUUUUUGUCCGCGCUUGCGAAAGAUGGUGCAAUUGAUGAACCAAAUUUAUCAGUAGAAAGCAUAGGAAAAUCUUACGGACCUUUACAAAAACAAGUGAGAGAUAGCGUUUCUCGCCAAGAACAAUUAAUCUCUGAAAUUCAAAAAUGUCAUACAGAAUUUACAGCUGAACAAUCUGGUAGUGGUAGUUUAAGAGAAGCGAUGUUAUGUAAACUAGCAGGUGCUUAUGAUGCAUUUAAAGAAUUGAAGAACAACUUAAACGAAGGUGCAAAAUUCUAUAAUGAUUUAACACAGUUGCUAGUGGUCUUUCAAAAUAAAAUAUCGGAUUUCUGUUUCGCUCGGAAGACCGAGAAAGAAGAAUUACUAAAAGAUUUAACAAUGAAUUUAAGCCACACUGGUCCAGUUACAACUCCUAACAUUCCAUCUCACCACGGAGGAUUAUCCGGACAAAGUCAAUCGGGAACAGAACAAAGUGGAUCAUCGCAAUUACCGUAUCCUACGCAUUUCCAAGGUGGAAUGCCUGUACCAUAUGGAGCUGGUCCCACUACACCAUAUCCUGCAUAUAUUCCUCCUCCUAUGCCUGCAACAUAUAAUCCAUACGCAACAAUGCCUUAUCCCACGCAAGGAAAUUAUAAUCCUUAUCAAAAUAUGCCUUCAACUCCUUACGGUGGAUAUGCAACUCUACCACGUUAUGGCGGUAACCAACAUCCUCCUCAAGGACGUCCGUUUUGAAAAGCAAAUAAUAUUUUAUAUAUACUGUGAUUACAAAAUGUAGCCACAUAAAAUUUAUAAGAAUGAGGGAAAAUGUAUAUGCUAUAACGGUGUGGAAAAUUCAAAAUAUG